GACUCCGCCCACAGGUGUUCAGGUAUGCCACGCCCCCUGUCCUGUGAUCUAUAUGAAGGCACCGUUAGGUACAGAGUACAGCUAAACGCUCUUCACUCCAGACAUUUCAGAAGUACUCGUCCACUGUACAGGCAACAGAGACCAUGUCAUCUAGUUUCUCAGUACGGAGCUUGUCUCUGGGCCGGCAGCCCUCUUUCUCCAGCAUGUCUCUGAGGGACAGCGGACGCGUUCGCUCUAAAGCCGCCGUCUCAUUUGCUGCCUCCAAGCCCCUGUCCCGCUCUUCCUCCAUGAGCUUGUCAGAUCUGAACGGCUUGAGCAACCUGUCCCUCAACGGCCUGCACGGGAACAGCACCAAUGAGAAAGAGGCCAUGCAGAGCCUCAACACCCGCCUGGCCAACUACCUGGACAAGGUCCGAUCUCUGGAGAAGUCCAACGCUGACCUGGAGCUAAGGAUCAAGCAGCUGAUGCUGGAGCGUGUGCCCAAAGGGCACGACGUCGACUCCAUGUUGGCCCAAGCACAUGCCGUGGAACAGGAAGUAAGGAAGAAAACCCUGGAGAAUGCUCGCAUCAUGCUGGAAAUUGAUAAUGCCAAGCUGGCUGCAGAUGAUUUCCGAAUCAAAUGGGAGACGGAGAGCGCCAUGUGCCAGUCAGUGGAACGGGACUGCGUGGCCCUGAAGAAAGCCAAGUCUGAUCAUGACCAGAUCAUCGCCACACUUCGUGGUGAUCUGGACAGCUUGAAAGAGGAGCUCUACUUCCUGAAGAAGAACCAUGAGGAGGAAAUGGACAGCCUCAGGGCACGGAUCGCUCAAGAGGAAGUUAAUGUUGAGGUGGAUGCGGCCCACGGCCCUGAUCUCGGUACAAUUAUGUCUGAGCUCAGGACUCAGUACGAAGGCAUUGUUCAGAAGAACAAGGAGGAGGCUGAGAGCUGGUACCGUAAGAAGCUGGAAACGGUGCAGACGCAGGUGCGGCAGAGCAAUGAAGCCCUGAGAGGAGCUCAAAGUGAGCUCACCGAGAGACAACGCUUCAUGCAGACCCUCGAAGUGGAAUUGGAGAGCCUGCACAAACAGGUGGCAGCACUGGAGGGUAACCUGGGUGAGACUGGGCAGAAGUACAGCAUGGAGAUGGAGCGACUGCAGGUUACCCUGGGUCAGCUGGAGGAUAACCUGUCUCAGCUGCGCCUGGAAAUGCAGCGCACCAAGACCGACUAUGAGCAGCUCCUGCGCAUCAAACAGAACCUGGAGAUGGAGAUUGCGACCUACAGGAGACUGCUGGAGGGAGAGGAGGCGGUUAAAGAGAAGCCUCUACCACCCAAGAAGGAGCCUGACGUUCGUACCCGUAAGAUAGUAAAGGUGGUAACACAAACCAUGAUCAAUGGUAAAGUGGUGGAUGAAUCCAGUGAAGUCGAACAGAUUGAAGAGUCAAAGAAGUAAAAGAAGAACAAAACCACCUGUGUGAUUUCCUAUAAAAGCCUCUAUUGUCCAUUUAGGAGCCCCAUUACCCUGGGCCCCCAGAGGCCCGUGAAUAACACCAAUUUUUGUUUCACUCACAGUCUUUCAAAGAGAUCGACUUUCGUUCCUCAAACAACAAAGAGCUAAAAUUACCAAGGAAAACCAUCAGAUCCGAAGAGAAAACAAACGUUCUUGUUAUUUCAUUUUAGCCACUUAACCUUUUUUUCUUCUUGCAUGCAUAUUUAUUUCUGUUAGGAUAUAGAGUUUAGGGUGCAGAAGUAUUCAAUUACUUACUAAUACUUAGCUAAAUGAAUUUAUUCAAGUUUUUGAGACAUUUCAUCUAUUGGUCUGUAAUUGUAACAAAAUAAACGAUUACAUGCAAA